AUGUUUUCGCUGCGGGAAAAAAGCAGAGACACGCUACCGCUCGAGUCGACGGCUGUGGACGCCGCGGCUUCGCUCAUCUCAACCGUUCCCCAAGACUGGAGCUUUGUGAAGGAGUACAACUACCCAGGGGUUCCUCCGGUAAAAACAUAUCGUCGAGAAAUCGCGGGCGAACCGUGGUUUGUUCGUGUGAGCGAACACAAGGACCCCAAUGACCGGCCCUACGAUUUGUUUGAAAAAUUCCGCCAGGGUCUGCUUCUAAACCACACCUCCAAUGAGGUCCAAUAUAUCCCCAUGUUGCAGGGGUUUGAGCAAGUGGGCCACUGCCGAGAGUACGAGAACCUGGUUGUUCACUACAAGUUUCCCAUUGGAUUGGCCAACCGCAAAAUGGCCGUCUGGUUGCUUGCCACCAGUCUGCCCGACGAGUUUUACAUCAUCCAGUUUCCAGCUGACAAUGUUGUGGAGGGGUUCAAGGCGGUAUACAUGUCUGUGGAAAAUGUGCGGCUGGAGGGAGACACGGUGAGAUGGACCAUGGCCCAGACGUCGGACGCAAGGGGUUUUUUACCCAGAUGGAUUCAGAACCAGAGCAUUGCUUCAGCUAUUGCUCAGGACGUGCAACACUUUGUUGAUUGGGUGAAGGGGAAAGAGGAGGAGGAGUUGCUGUUGGAGGGUUAA